AUGGGAACAGUCCACCUGUCUGCUGAUGAUAUUAAGAGACCAGAAGAGCUGGUGCCUGACACACUUGUGGCUCCUAAACGGUCCGGACAUACAGGCAAGAUGAGGGGCCUCUGGUUGGUGUUGGUGCUCGUGGCUGCGGCUAAAGCUGAGAAGGUUUUUAUUGGAGAUCAGGUCAUCAGGGUCAACGUACAGUCUGAGGAAGACAUCCAACUCCUCCAGGCUCUGGAGACCCAGCAGGAGUGGGAGCUGGACUUUUGGCUUCACCCCGUCUCCACUGAGCUUCCUGUUGACAUCCGAGUGCCCCGCUCCAGUCUGAGCGCCGUGAAGGAGUACCUCCAUGCCCACAACAUCCACUUUACCGUCAUGAUCGACAACCUUCAGGAGGUUCUUGAUGAGGAGAAAGCUGAGAUGAUGGAGAACCAGAACCUGGAGCGCAGCACCAGGAGCUUCAACUUUGGAGCCUAUCAUCCUCUGGAGACAAUCUAUAGCUGGAUGGACACACUGGUGGCUCAGCACCCUAACCUGGUCACCAAGGAGGAAAUUGGGAGAUCCUAUGAGAACAGGCCCAUGUAUGUGCUCAAGUUCAGCACUGGUGGCUACAAGCGUCCUGCUAUCUGGAUCGACACAGGAAUCCACUCUAGAGAAUGGGUGUCUCAGGCGACCGGAGUGUGGACAGCCAACAAGAUUGCCACAGACUACGCGACAGACGCUUCCCUGACCUCCCUUCUGAACACCAUGGACAUCUACAUGCUGAUCCUGGCCAACCCUGACGGCUAUGUUUACACCCACACCAGUAACCGCAUGUGGCGUAAGACUCGCUCCAAGAUCUCAGGCUCCGCGUGCCGUGGAGUCGAUCCUAACAGGAACUGGGAUGCUGGCUUUGGUGGUCCCGGUGCCAGUAAGAACCCCUGCUCUGAUUCUUACCACGGCCCCUCAGCUCACUCUGAGGUUGAGGUGAAGAACGUGGUCAACCUGAUCAAGAGCCACGGCAACUUCAAGUCCUUCAUCUCUGUCCACGCCUACUCCCAGCUUCUCAUGUACCCCUACGGCUAUUCCUGCAGCAACGUGCCCCAUCAGCUUGAGCUGGACUCUGUGGGCAGAGCUGCAGUGCAGAAACUCACUUCUCUCUACGGCACCAAGUACAAAGUUGGAAGCAUCUGCAACAUCAUCUAUCAAGCCAGUGGCGGCAGCAUUGACUGGUCCUACAAUCUGGGCAUCAAAUACUCCUUUGCCUUCGAGCUGAGGGACACAGGUCGCUAUGGUUUCAUCCUGCCGGCCAAUCAGAUCAUUCCCACCGCCUCUGAGACCUGGCUGGCCCUGAAGCACAUCAUGGAGUAUGUCCGCGACCAUCCUUAUUGAUGGAGAACACACUUUAAAAUCAAAUGACUCUGCUUUUAAUCUCAUUAUUCUAUGCCGAGUUGUGAUAUCUGACUUUAAUAUUGACCAAUAAAGUCAUGAAUU